AUGAAAGAAGUUAAAAUAAAGAUCAAUGUGGAGAAAAUAUUCACAGCAUGCCAAGGCAUCAAGUCCACUGAUGAUCUUCUGAAGUACGACACUCCAAAAGACUACACAGAUCUGAUAGACCGUAUAUUCAAAGAUAGCAUUGAGAUAGCAAGCGGUGCAGACAAUACUAAUGAAGUAGUGCGGAUCUUGAAAAUACUUAAGUGUAGAGUGCAAGAAUACUUUGCAUACAAUACAUAUGGAAAACAUCUCAUGCAUGGCCUAUACAAGGCACUGCAGAGCAAAAAAAAAGAAGAAGUAAGAAAGCAUUUCAUCAGCGUAAUCAAUGAUGUUAUAAAGCCAAACACCCACAUAUACAGCCCUUGCCUUGGAAUACAUAUACAGAAUGACAGGAGUAAACAUCUGGGGAUCAACAUAGAUGAUGAGAUGCCUGACCUAACAAGCCCGAGAACAUGCACUCUGAGGCUUGAUGAUAAAAGUUCUAACUUGAUUUCCAUGUGGCAUGAUAUCAAAGAAAGACUGGAUAAGGAGUCUCUCUGCCACAUUGCAAACCUGCUCUACUCGGAGAAUAGCAAGCAUGGAAAGAACAUAAACAUUUUAAAAAAAUACUUGCCAGAGGACAAGUACUACUCCCUCCAUGACCUGUACUUCACAAAAAGAACACUUUCUGGAUCUUUGGUGGACCGUGGGCUAAAACUCACCUACAGUAAAUACUACGAGAUCAAAGAGCUGGCUGAGCAGGUCAAAACAAUGGAGUCUGAGCGUAGCACUCGGCUGGAAGAGAUAUACGCCGAAAUAGAAAAAGUCCUUCGAGAAGAAGAGCUGGUGCUUGUCCUUUCCGUCCUUGCCAAUAUAGAAAAAAUCAAGCACGAGAAGACAGCACGAAAAGGCU